GUUUACGAGAGUCGAUCUACCUAGCCACCACCUUGAUCCUUGACCGAUUCGAUUCGUCUCGUGUCUCCCCUAAAUUAAAUAACCUACUAAAUAAACGAGCAAAUUAAAGUAACCGCGAAUCGGUGAACUCGGAGGCACGUAACUAACGAGUGAAACAGUUGAAUUGAAAGAGUGAAGAAUCCAAGACCAAGGACGAUAGAGGCUUCGAAAUUUUUUCAUAAUUUUCUCCAAAACUUUAAUAAUUCAUUGAGAAUCAAGUUUGGCGACAUUUAAAUAAUCGUACGAAUACUGUUGAACGUCAAGGAUCAAGUUUUAGCUGUUAGUGGACCUCCGUCGAGGUCGAAGCUCCUCGGGAUGCUCCUGAAACGGAGGAUACUCUGUGCGGUGUUGUUAGGAUUAUUCUCCGGAGAAUUAGUGUCCUGUGAAAAGGAGCAGAGCAAUCCUGCGUUGAACGAGCCCGACUUUCAGACCCCCGAGUACAUAUUACCAUGUGAUAGGUCGGAUCCCAAAAUAGAGACAUGCUUCCAAAAAACAUUGAAUCAUCUGCAGCCAUAUUUGUUAAAGGGUAUACCUGAGCUGGACUUGCCUCCGAUCGAGCCACUGGUCAUCCCUGAACUGGGAAUGGAGAACGGCCAGGGAGCUGUACGUGUCAAAGCGCUGUUCUCCAAUAUCACGGUCUUCGGGGCUGGUAAUUACACGAUCACCAAGACGAGAAUAGACGUGAGGACCUACAGGCUGGACCUUCAUCUUGCCUUCCCGAAGAUCGAGUUGCAAGGGCGGUACGAAGUGGUUGGAAACGUGUUGCUCUUCCCUAUUCAAAGCCACGGAGAUUUCUGGGCCCUUUUUGACAACGUGUUGGCCAUCGGUCGGAUUCAAGGCGCGGAAGAGAUCCGAGAUGGGAUACGUUACUUGAAAGUGGCUCGGAUGCUGGUGGAUUUCAGCUUGGCGCGGGCCCAAUUCCGCGUGAUCGAUCAACUGAACGGGGACAACGUGAUCGGGAAGGCGAUGAAUCAAUUCUUGAACCAGAACGCGAACGAGAUCAUCGAGGAGAUGAGACCGGCCGCGAGCUCGAGCAUCGCGAAGCACUUCAAAGACUUCCUCGGCAAAGCGAUGAACAAAAUCCCGUUGAAAGUUUGGCUCCACGACACGUAGUCGGAUGAUUGUUUCCUCGAAUGAACGUCUCGUUCUCUUUAUUAAGUUUUAGUGGGAAGGACUGUAAUCGUGUCGACGUGUAAAAAGAUCGACAGGAUAUUUCGAUGCACUGAUCAUGCGACGGGUCGCGGAUUUCGUGCUCGAUGGUAAUUGAAGCACUGGUGAUUCAUUUCUUAGAAUUGUGAAUAUACUACCGACGUUGAAGUGAUACCAGGCUAGAACCAUGGUUGUCUGUUAAUUAUUUGGGGAAUCAGUUUUGAUUAAAUUGAUUUGUAAAAACUUCAUUUUUAUAUUUCCAACACUUCCUAAAAUUGUCUCAUUUUUAAAACAGAGGCAAUCAUAUUUAUCCUACUAGUUUCCAAUUGUUUUAAAUAGUAAAUGUGUAGCAUAUAGUACAUAGUAUAUCACAUGUAUCACGACAUGACAUAAUAACUAUAAGCAGGAAAGUUAACUUAAAUAGUCCUCUAUUGCAUUUUCCUUUAUAAAAGGACAACGUUUCUCUGUAUAGAGAUAUGAUAUUAAACUUCAUAUUAUUUGCAACGUAUCUAGCUUAAUUAAAAGAAGACUCGACUUAAGACUUUGAACUAUGUAUAUUGACCUUAAUGCAUAAUCAAUCGUUUAUUAAAUGAAAAAUUGCAGACAUUAA